AGUACCUGGACACCACAGAAGUGUUCGAGGCUGAGCAGGAAAAUAAGGAGAACUUCAAGUUGCUUCGAGUGGACGGAAACCGUGUCUUUAUUGGAUCAAAGAAUCGACUAUAUCAUUUGAAAUUUGGUUUGUUUCAAAUAAUCUCGGAAUUAAAAUGGCUACCAACAGACGAAGCAGUAGCCGCGUGUUUUGGGCGCGGGAAGACGGAGUGCGAUAACUACAUCAGGGUGAUGGUGCUGAAGGAGAGAGAGAACGUAUACUACAUCUGUGGGACACACGCCUACAAACCUAAGUGUCGCCACUAUGAAUUAGAGAGCAAUGGCACUUUCAAAAUGAUUAACGACAGCGAAUCUGGAAAAGCUAUCAGCCCCUAUAACCCUAACUACAGCUCCACAGCAAUAUAUUCGGACGGGAAAAUCUUUGCCGCCACAGCCGCUGACGCCGUCGAGCGAGAUCCCCUCAUCGUGCUGAAAUUCAACGACACCACCUUGAUAAGGACAUAUCAUCCUGACACCCUCUUCCUGAAUGAACCACAUUUCGUCAGCUCACACGCCAACAACGACAAAGUUUACUUUUUCUUCGGCGAGACAGCCUUAGAGAACAUCAACUGUGGCAAGGCAAUCUUCUCGCGGGUCGGCCGUGUCUGUAAGAACGACCGAGGGAUGUCCACACCACACAACACCUUAACCUCGUUCUUCAAGGCCAGGCUCAAUUGCUCCAUUCCUGGGGAAUACCCGUUUUACUUUGAUGAGAUACAGUCCACCACAGAAUUCGGUCAAGGCAAUUACAGACCGACCUCAGAUAGUGGCAACCGGUCAGACAUGAUCUAUGGCGUCUUUAAUACACCACAAAACAGCAUCAGAGGAUCUGCCGUCUGUGCCUUCAUGUACUCUAGUAUCGAGGACGUCUUUAAUGGCAGGUUCAAAGGUCAGGCCUCAUACGUACAUAACUGGUUGUCCGUCAGUGAGCAGGACACGCCCAAGCCCCAGCCGACAUUGUGUGUCGCAGACAGUAUGGAGAUCAGCCACGAGACCUUGACCUUCGCGAAGAGACACCCACUGAUGAACGACGCCGUGCCGACAGCAGGCGGUAUGCCCCUGUUGGUCUUUACCAGUUUCAA